CGCGGGACGGCGUUUGAUUACAGAGCACAGAGAGAGGACCGACUAUACCUGCAUCGGAGACAUUUCUGAAGAGACAAACAUCUAGACUACUCGGCUGCUGUGAUUCAAAAGGUCUCAUAACUUGUCCUAGGAAGACGAACCCACCAUCCUUCGAGUGGCCUCUCCAAUGGCGGACUUCUAUCCCUCCUAUCCUCCCUCCCUGAACCCUCAACAAGAAGAAUACCUCCUCAGCAAUGCAAAGGACUACUCCAUCGCCCAUGGACUCGCUGUUCGGCCGCCGACGUCGGAUGCUUUGAAAGCGCAGGAUCCUGCCGGGUUGUUGGCCACGACUGCACCGAUCACAUUAUUCCCGAGUCUGUUUCCAAAAGUGUGUUUCGACCAGGCCAAGUCCGUCGCCCAGGCGUACAAUGAGCUGUAUUCGGGAAUCGCGAGUGAUGAGGGAUGGUUGACGGGAAUUGUUGAGGAACUGGCUCAAAUCGAUGAUUUCAUGGCGGGACUGUGGAAGGUCCAUCAAGCAGUCAAAUCGGAAGGUUACGCUCAAUCGCUCGACUUAGGACUAUUCCGUUCGGAUUACAUGGUCCACCUCGACAAGUCUUCAGGCGCAAGUCAGCCUUCCGUCAAGCAAGUAGAGUUUAACACGAUAGCCUCAUCCUUCGGUGGUCUCUCUACUCGUGUCUCCGAGUUGCAUCAAUUUCUGAAUUCCAUUGACGCGUAUCCUGAAGAAAUCUCAUCGAUUGUCAACAGCUCGACUCUGCCAGCCAAUUCAUCCAGUCCAUCCUUAGCCCUUGGCCUCGCCAAAGCACAUGAAGCAUAUGGGCCAUCAAGCAAACAACUCCCCACAUGCGUCAUCUUCCUCGUCCAGGAUCCCGAACGCAAUGUCUUCGACCAGCGACACAUCGAAUAUAAUUUAAACAAAACCCACAACAUCCGAACAUUCCGCUUACCUUUCGACCGCGUCCUCCAAGACACGAAGCUAGACGAUGGCCGAAAACUCAUCUACACCCCUCCAUCCAUGCCGACCCGCCACUUCGAAGUCACCGUCGUCUACUUCCGCGCAGGCUACGCCCCGUCCGAAUACACCUCCGAAGCCCACUGGUCCGGCCGUCUGCACCUCGAACGCAGCGCAGCAAUCAAAUGUCCCAGCGUCUUGACCCAACUCGCCGGCACCAAAAAGGUCCAACAAGUCCUCGCGACGCCCCACUCCCCACACCUCGCACGUUUCCUCUCGGACCCAAGCACCGCCUCGUCCAUCCUCUCCACCUUCGCCCCGAUCUACCCCCUCGACAGCACCUCCCCCGCCGGGAAAGACGCCCGCGCCCUCGCCACGGAUCCGGAGACCGCGGCCCGCUACGUGCUCAAACCCCAGCGCGAAGGCGGCGGCAACAACAUCUACCGCCGCAACAUCCCCGCUUUCCUGGACUCCCUCCCGGAGUCCCACUGGCCGGCCUACAUCCUGAUGGAGAUGAUCGAGCCGCCGGCCCAGCGCAACGCGAUCCUCCGCUUCGGCGCGACUGCCGAGGAGGGCAGCCCCUCUUCUUCUGUCCAGACGGGAGGCGUGAUUUGCGAGCUGGGAAUCUAUGGGGUCUGUCUGUGGGAGCGACCUACCACUACUACUACUGCUGCUGCUUCGACGAAUGGUGGGAGGGUCGGCGAUGACGCCCCGCCGCGUCCGAUCCUCAGGGAGAAUUUCGAGGCUGGAUAUCUCCUCCGCACCAAAGGCGAUCAGAGCGAGGAAGGGGGCGUCGCGGCGGGCUUCGGAUCGGUGGAUAGUCCGUGUUUGGUAUGAGGAGUGGAUUGUUUUUUCCCUCAUUUUCUUUCCAUUUUUGGGGGGUUUUUUUCGGGGUUUCCAGAUGAGGAAGCUAUAGAGAGCGAGGAAAUUGGGAAAGUGGGAGGGUGAGGAAAGGAGGCAAGGAUUUCUUUCCGUUGCGAUUUCAACUUUGCUGCUCUCCAGCUAUGAAAUACCGUGUGCGAAUCCCUCCUCGUCGUCAUGUCCGUCGUGGUGAGUGGGACCGUGGGCAUGAAGUGAACAGAAAACCUUACCUGUUUCCCGAUGUUUCCGAGUCUCUCUGUGGGAAACUUGCUUCUCCCGUUUUUAGUAAAGGAACACCUUGGCUAGAAUUACUAUUGUUGUGAGUAAUGAGGAAGACUGGAGACCGUACGGACGGA